AUGGAUACUCGCACCUUCGUUUCCGACUCCCUCCUCCGUUUGACGGGCGCGUCCGAGCCGACUGUUAUCGAUUUUGUCCUCGCGACAGCCGGCGACGCCAAAUCCCAGGCAUCGCUGCGCGACAAGCUCAGCACAUUUUUGGAGCUGGACGACAAUGAGAUUGAGUCGUUUUCGGCAGACUUGUACGGCCGGUUAACAGCAUCUAAACGCGGCCGACCCCCCAAAGAAAAGACGCCGGCGGCGCCGGCGGAUUCGAAGAAGAAAUACCGGCUAGUUGAGAUGCAGGAUGAUUUCCAAGAGGAUAAUAAUCACGGUCCUGCGAAUGUGGAGGCGGAUAGGCGCAGGCGCAGGGAAAAGGACAGGCCUCGCGAAUCAAAGCGUGACGCUCGUACGCGCUGGGAAGACGACGAGGACUCGCACAGGGACGACCACAGCCGGAAGAGAAGCAGGAGUCGGGACACCGAAAACCGCGACCGGAACCGCCGUUCAAAGAAACUCCGGAAACGCGAUGCUGAUGAUUUUGAAGAUCGCUGGGGCGAUGAGGAGAAACCCGAGGACGGAUAUGGCGACGACGCACCACAAGACGACGAGCUCGUGGCAGAAGGCUCUGCAUCGCCGCGGUCAACAUCAUCUGCUGGACUGGACGAGGAAGGCAAGGCCGAAAGAGCUCGACAGCGCGACUUGAAAGAGCGUGAUGAAUUCGCCAAGCGUCUCGUGGACAAGGAAAGCUCCAAAUCGAAAAAGAAACUUGUCGAGGAUCGCACUCGGCGCGCGGGCGACCAGUCUCGUCGUGCGCUCGCCGAUGAUGCACAAGCAAGGAGUGAAGCCAUGCCAGAUAUUCGUAUGCGGUCUCGCCAGGAAUACUUGAAGAAACGAGAGACGGAGCGACUAGCUCUCCUGCGGAGACAGGUUGCAGAGGAAGCCAUUGAGCUCCGAGAGAAUCCCACUAUUAGUCGCCGCGAGAAGGAGGAAUUCGCAAGGAAUCGUGAAGUUCUUCGGAUCGCCGAGGAACGGCUGCGCAUUGACGACCAUCGCGAUGGCUAUAUGAUGCCAGACGAUUAUAUUACAGAAAAGGGAAAGAUUGAUCGGAAGAAGAAAGAGGAAGCUCUCUACAAGCGAUACGUUGACCGCGAUGAGCAAGGACAGGAGCGUUUUGUCACGGAACAAGAGGAGUGGGAGCGCGAGCAAACAGCAAAGGCAAAAGCACAGAUCUCCCGGGCCGAGUAUGUGGAUGAAGGCGAUUACGACUAUGUCUUUGAUGAUGCGCAGAAAAUCAAUUUUAUCAUGGACUCCAAGUUGGAAGGAGACGGCAAAUUUAUGACCAAGGACCAACGAAUGUUGCAACAGCAGCUCGACGCAGCAGAGAAAAAGGCUGCUUCGAUCGAGGAAACGCGCAAAAGCCUUCCUAUUUAUCAAUUCCGCGAUGAACUUAUCCAAGCCGUUCAUGACCACCAGGUUCUUAUCAUUGUCGGAGAAACCGGUUCCGGUAAAACGACCCAAAUCCCUCAAUAUCUACAUGAAGCCGGGUUUACCAAGAAUGGAAUGAAAAUCGGAUGCACACAGCCUCGGCGAGUGGCUGCAAUGAGUGUUGCCUCCCGUGUCGCUGAUGAAAUGGGGGUGAAGAUAGGCAAUGAAGUGGGUUAUGCUAUUCGAUUUGAAGACAAUACCAGUGACAAGACAGUCCUCAAAUACAUGACGGAUGGUAUGCUGUUGCGAGAACUCCUGACAGAACCUGACCUAGGUGGUUACUCGGCACUGAUGAUUGAUGAGGCUCACGAGCGGACUGUGCCUACUGAUAUUGCUUGUGGGUUGCUUAAAGAUAUUGCCAAAGCCCGGCCGGACUUGAAGCUUUUGAUUUCUUCAGCAACGAUGGAUGCUCAAAAGUUCCAAAGGUUCUUUAACAACUGUCCUAUAAUGAACAUACCUGGUCGAAGGUACCCCGUUGAUAUCCACUAUACCUCGCAACCAGAGGCAAACUACCUCGCUGCCGCCAUCACAACGGUGUUUCAAAUCCAUAUCACGCAAGGCCCAGGUGACAUCUUGGUGUUUUUGACCGGCCAAGAAGAAAUUGAAGCCGCAGAGCAGAGUCUGCAAGAAACAGCGCGCAAGCUGGGUGGGAAGAUACCAGAGAUGAUCAUUGCGCCAAUCUACGCAAACUUACCUUCCGAGUUACAAACCAAAAUCUUUGAGCCCACGCCGCCGGGGUCAAGAAAGGUGGUGCUAGCUACGAACAUUGCCGAAACCAGUUUGACCAUUGACGGCAUUGUCUAUGUCAUCGACCCUGGCUUCGUCAAGGAAAAUGUUUUCAACCCCCGAACUGGGAUGGAAAGCCUGGUCGUCACUCCCUGUUCGCGAGCAUCGGCUGGACAACGUGCCGGACGAGCCGGUCGUGUCGGCCCUGGAAAAUGUUUUCGGCUGUACACCAAAUGGGCUUAUCACAAUGAGUUAGAGGAGAACACGACUCCCGAGAUCCAGCGUACGAAUCUGAAUGGCGUGAUCCUGAUGCUAAAGUCGCUGGGCAUUGAUCAGCUGCUUGAUUUCGAUUUCAUGGAUCCGCCGCCAGCGGAGACGAUAAUUCGGGCUCUGGAACAGCUGUAUGCGCUGGGGGCCCUGAAUGACCGGGGCGAACUCACCAAGAUUGGAAGGCAGAUGGCCGAAUUCCCUACUGAUCCGAUGCUUUCCAAGUCCAUCCUCGCAGCCGACAAAUAUGGGUGUGUGGAGGAGGUGUUGUCGAUCAUCUCGAUGCUGGGCGAGUCCAGCGCUCUAUUCUUCCGGCCCAAGGACAAAAAGAUCCACGCCGACAGUGCCAGGGCCCGGUUCACCAUUAAAGAAGGGGGUGAUCAUCUAAGUCUGCUGAAUAUCUGGAACCAGUGGGUUGACUCGGACUUUAGCUUCGUCUGGGCCAAAGAGAACUUUCUGCAGCAACGCAGUCUCACGCGGGCUCGAGAUGUGCGCGAUCAGCUGGCGAAGCUGUGCGAUCGAGUCGAGGUUACGGUGUCGUCUUGUGGAGCAAACAACAUUGUUCCUAUACAAAAGGCCAUCACAGCUGGGUUUUUCCCUAAUGCGGCACGGCUGCAGCGUGGUGGCGAUAGCUACCGCACGGUGAAGAACAACCAGACGGUGUAUCUGCAUCCAUCCAGCACGUUGUUUGAGGUCAAUCCGAAGUGGGUUAUUUAUUACGAGCUGGUGCUUACGAGCAAAGAGUACAUGCGCAACAUUAUGCCGUUGCAAAGCGACUUUUUACUAGAGGCGGCGCCGCAUUAUCACAAGAAGAAGGAUUUAGAGACGCUGGGUUUGGUGUCCGGUCAUGCAUGUAAGCUGGGCGAAGAAUUCACCACCAGGGCCGUACCAUUAAUCAUCACGGCAAACCGCCCUUCUUCCAUCCAUUGGAAGAAAAGGCUCGCCUCGUUAAAAAAUGCCCAGCCAAACACAAUCAGCGGGGUAGUCGAUUCACAGGAGCCGGUGGCAGACGAAAGCAAAUACAUCGUCAUCGGUGUUGUCCCAGUCGGCUUCGAAGAUGAAUCUCUCUGGCCAAAGCCAAGCCGCACCAAGAACCUCGGAACGAAAGUUUCAGAGGACUGCGCUCGCCCUGUCCCCGGAAAGCUCGCCCACCGUGUCGUCGCCCAGCUUCCCUUGACCCCCGGCAAGAGCAUCAAGUUGUAUGCCUUGCUCGACCAGGAGAGAAUCUCGGGCCUGUACAACCCUCCGGCAUCGGACAGGAUCAUGUUCUGGAAUAAUAGGGUUGCUGGGCUGGCCGACCUUUCUGCACCGGGGCCCGCCAAUUUCGACCCCGUACGCAGGGGGCAAGCCAGGCCUGUGUUCGUAUCCGAGGAGAGGUCCCACUUCAUCACAGACCUCAAACUGGCGACCAGCCAGUUCAUGGUCUCUUCCCUCAUAGAGCCUCUGGAAAAGCUUAUUGGGGACUUUCAUGAGUCCGAGCUCCCUCUCUUCAGUGCUCUAGACCGCUUCGCCGACAAGAACCCCAAAGCCCUGGAGUACACGACCAAGGACGCCGAAGACUUGCACCAGCAGAUAAUGGCGAGAUGGCCAUCAAUCACCCCAAUCUCGCCAUCACGCCUCCUCGCUCUCCAUGAGGCCCUCUGCCAAGCUGAAUCGGUCCUGGAACCUCGCGAUGGCUUGCAGUUUGUUGUUCUCGGCUACGCCAGUCUGGCAAAUGAGCCAGAUAACGCCCCAGAGGUUACAAGCAACCUUCUGCGCUUCUUGGAACUUGGAAUACAGUCUCUCGGGGGGCCGGGCGAUGGCCGUCAGGGCCACGAGCCCAAAGUUUUGAUUAUAUCAGAGUAG